AUGCUCGCGAAUCGCCUCAUCUGGGUUACCACCCGCAUGCACAUCGAGAUGUACAAGUACCCCAAAUGGGGUGACGUGGUGGAGAUUGAUACGUGGUUCCAGGACGGCACCAUCAUGUCGCGCCGUGAUUGGAUCAUCCGAUUCGGCCACACGGGGGAGACCAUCGGCCGAGGCACCAGCUCAUGGGCCAUGAUGAAUCGGGACACAAGGCGUCUCUCCAAGGUGCCUGCUGACGUGCGCGCCGAGCUCAUAGUGCACUGCCCCAACCCUGAGAGGUUCUCUAUUCCCAAGAGCACCGUAGCAAGGAUCCCGAAGCUUGAAGAACCAGCAGACCACGUCCGGCCGUACCUACGGCCUAGGCGCAGCGAUUUGGACAUGAAUCAUCAUGUCAACAACGUGACAUAUAUUGCAUGGAUGCUUGAGAGCCUGCCCCAGUCCCUCCUGGGAUCAUCAGAGCUGGCUGAAAACACCAUCGAGUGGCGCCAGGGAUGUGGGCAGGACGAGGAGGAGUUUGACCAUCAUAGACCACGGAGCCUGCCCCAGUCCCUCCUGGGAUCAUCAGAGCUGGCUGAAAUUACCAUCGAGUAUCGCCAGGAGUGCGGGCAGGAUGAUGUGGUCGAAACUCUCGCCAAAGAGGUCGUUUCACCUGAAGUUUCAUCUGAAGUUUCACCUCGGGAGGGUGCAGCUGAGAAAGUGGUAUCUGGUGCAGGUGCCACUGCUGCUGGUGGUAGCAGUGGUGGGAGUAUGAAUGGCACUGCCAUACUGGAAGUGGAAAGAGGAAAUGGGAGUCUCACUGCUGCUGCUGCUGCUGCUGCUGCUGCUGCUGCUGCUGGGGCUGAGGGGGUGGUGGAAGGGGGCAGGACCACUAGAGGAGUCAGGGCCAAGGACGCCGAACCAACCACCGAACCUGAAAGGUUAGCCGCCGAGCCUGCUGCCUUCCCUGCUGCGCCUGCUGCUUUCCCUGCAGCACCAACUGCCUUUCCUGCAGUGCUUACUAGUGAACCUGCAGUGUCCCCAACCAAGCCUGCGGCCGAGCCUGCAGCCUUACCAGCAGUGCCAGUGGCCAAACCUGCAGUAUUCCCUACCAAGCCAGUUGCCGAGCCUGCAAGGUUCCCCGCCGCACCCGCUGCCCUCCCUGCAGUGCCAGCCACCGCGCCUGCAGCAGUGCCGACCAAGCCUGCUGCCGAACCAGAAGAGUUACCGACCAAACCGACAGCCAAGCCUGCGAGCCUUCCAGCAGAGCCUGCCACCUUUCCUGCAGUACCAGCAGCCGAGCCUGCAACAGUGCUGACCAAGCCUGCUGCCGAGUCUGCCACCUUCCCUGCAGUUCCAACAGCCGAGCCUGUAACGUUGCCUGCCAAGCCUGCUGCCGAGCUUGCAAGAUUGCCUGCAGAUCCUGCUGCCUUUCCUGCAGUGCCGAUGGCCGAGCCUGUGAGGUUGGCUGCCAAGCCAGCUGCCGAGCCUGCGUGGUUCCCUGCGGAUCCUGCCACCUUCCCUGCAAUGCCCACUGCCGAGCCCGCAGCGCUGCCCACCAAACCUGCUCCCGAACCUGCAAGGCUUCCCACCGAACCUGCUGCCUUCCCUGCAGUGCCUACAGCCGACCCUGCAACACUACCCACCAAGCCCGCCGCCGAGCCUGCCACCUUCCCUGCAGAGCCUGCCAAACUCCCCGCUGCCCUCCCCGCACCAAAAACAGCUCCGGCCACAUCCGAAACUAACCCAGAAGGAGCCACAUUGAGGCUUGGCGAGCCUCCAAAACUGGCUCGGGCGCCUGCCGAGCCUGUGUUGGCACCCGCACCAGCGGCCAAAUCAGUCGAGGCAGUGAUGGGAGUGGAGGAGAGGGGGUCACUGGCGCAGGGGUUGCGAGGAAGGAUGGCUGGGGGAGAGGAGGGCUGCAGGGCUAUGCCUUGUGCUCUAAUCUUCCGUGCCAUCAACGUUGGACCUGACGUCGGCGCUUGUCCCGCCGCAAGGGGCUAG